GCAUAAAUACCGGACAAUGGCGUCGCUUGAAGCAGGAGAGAUUUCUCCUCGGUUUGAUAAACUUUUGAAGGAUGUCGUCGGUGAUCUGAGCCCAGAAGAACUUAAAUAUGCUGUAUCGUCUAUCAAAACGAAUUUUGAGAAAGGACAGUUCGAGGAUAAAGGAGAUCAGGAUUUAUAUUCAUGCCUGCAUCUUUUUGCAAAUCAGGGUCUUGUGUCGGAGGACAAUUUGACUUUGUUGGAGAAGUUUGUGGUAACUCCACAAACAUCUAAGAAGGAAGGAAUUGAGGCAAAGAUUAGAGGUUUCAAGGCAAUCCGGUUGCAAGAGAUUGAAGAGCCAACGGCAGCGACAAGAAAGGAAUUAACCGGGAGACACACCGACUUAGAAAAUGUUAUGUCGAAGUUAACAACUGGUGGAUCAAGCGUCUUGAACCUGUAUGGAUCAAGCGGUGUCGGAAAAACGAGACUUGCGACUGAAGUUGUAUCUCAGUGGCAAGGAACGAUGAAAUUCAAAGUGGAUUUGAGAGAAGUGGAGAGGUUGGAGGACGUUCACGUCCAAGUUUUGCAGGCAUUGAUGAUCGGAUCAAAGGAGACAACAACUGUGAGCUAUGAAGCGAAUCCUGUUAUUUUUAAAAUGCGGCAUUUGAGGCAACGGGGACGAGGGGACAUAUUGUUGCUUCUAGACAAUGUUGAUCAAUUUUCGGGUGGAAACAGCAAGGCUGCCACUAGCCUUAAUAAUGAUUUUGUCACUUUCCUCCAACGACUUACCACUGGUCGCGCGAAAUCUUCGUUGAAGAUUCUUUUAACAUCUAGGAGUGCGUUUCGUCACGGUGUGGAAAAUUACGAAGUGAAAGGUUUGGAAAAGGUCUCUUCUGGGGAGCUCCUUCAAAGGCAAGGGACGCCUGCUAUUCACGGCAGCCAAAGAGAGAGACUAGUCGAGAUGUGCAGAGGAAAGCCGCUCUUGCUCAAUGGCAUGGCAUCAGUCUUAAGACAGGAGAUAGCUGAUGCAGAAAGGCUUCUUGGAACCAUUGAACAGGAGUUAGAGGUGGAGCCGUCCCAAGACACUGAAAAUGAAGCGACUGAGAAGACAGAAACUUUUGAUUUUAAAGAAGAAGGAAUCGAUGUGGAACAGCUGUCAUGUUUGAGGAAAAUGUUCUUUUUUCUUCCAAGUAAAACACUUAAAGAUUCCGCUGUUUCAAUGUCACUCUUCUGCCGCCCAUUUUCAUUGGAAGCAGCAGCUGAGAUACUUGGAGUAAACGUUUCCGAAGCUGCAAUAAGAAUGGAAGGAAUGCGUAACAGUCAGGUGGUGUCCGUUGUUCCAGAGGCAAAAGAACUGUUGUAUGAUAUACACCCUUUGAUGCGUAAGUUUCUUAAGAGCAUCGGCAAUAGCAAGGCAUUCGUGGAAGCUUACCAGAAAGCAAAAGACCACUUUUGCUACUUUUUCCUCUCCCGGUUGAAGACAAUUGCAGCCCUUUUGGACAAGGAGUAUGUAAAGGCUUUUGACACCUUUGAUUUUGACAGAUACAACUUUGAACUUGCCCUGGAACUUUCGUUGAAGUCCAGUCAUUUGAUGAUUCCAAUGAAAAAUACUGAAAUCGUCAGAAUUUGUUAUCUACUUGAAGCCACGCUUAUUGAUCAAAAGCGAAGAAGAACGAUUUUUCAUGCCUGGGCUGAAAAGGUCGAGGAGGAUGGAAAACAAGGUGAGGAUUGUCUUCUAAUUGGAAAUCCAUCCAGUAAAUGUUGGUAGUUGUUAACGUUCCAGCGAUUAAAAUAAUAAGACAGUUUUUCCUUUUUAAAUUAAAUGAUUUGUAUCGCUAAAUGAUAGAACCAAAUUAAUCACAACAAGUAACUUAAUUUUAAGUGUUCGUGAAAAACGAUAAUUUGCUCUUCCUGAGUCAUUACUAAUCCACGUCGAUUGGGAUUUUUGAACCGGCACUAGAUUGCUUCAUAGCGGAGCUCUCUUCGCGCAGCGGAGCCCCAUUUAGUGGUAAGAAAAUUUGGUUAUCUAUGUAUCUGAAAAUCGUCCGUCCUUCCGUACGUACCUUAUUACAUGAAAUUUUCCCGACACGUGAAUGUCGCGAACAUAACAUGACACGAAAAUUAAGUGACUCACAUUAUGUCAAUGAUCAAAAAAGAACGAGUUUAUCACCACUGAAACGUUUACAAAAUCACUCUUUUUUUUACUGUUCUGAGCAAUGUCUUGGUCAUCCUCAUCGCUACUGCUUUCUAUCUCCCCUUUAGGUAACAUUUCUUUUGUACAGUCUUCAAACUGUCCAUUUAACUCGCUCCCUGUAAUGCUGUUCCAGUAGCUGCUUAUCUCUUAGUGGCUUCCAUGUUCUUUGAAGAUGUUUCCAUUCUUACUGUCGCCUCUACUGGAUUCCCAAACCUCCUCAGCGCGAAAUAUGCGUACAUCAAAAUCUCGAAAUAAACAUGUCCCGAAAAUUUCAUGUAAUAAGGUACGUACGCAUUACAUACGUAUGUACGUUCAUCCCCUCAUGUUAGCGGAUGUGAAAUGACACACUUACUAUGAUAGUUAGAAGUCCAAGGCACACUUUUUGUGUUUAAACUUUUUAUAUAAAAUGACGACAGCCUAAUCCUGCUGUUUUAUCCAAGACAAAAAUAUAGACAUAAAUAACAAAACAGCAAAGAGAAAAGCGGCUUGAAACCUCAAGUCGCUUUUCUCUUUGUUGUUUUGCUAUUUAUGUCUAUAUUUUUGUGUUCAAAUCCAUGUUAUGGUCAAUUGAUAGCUGUCAAAAAAGACAUCCGCUAACCAGUGUCAUUUGACUGUAUCGCGGGCUCAGGUAUACAACAAAUUGAGGUGACGUAUUUUUUAAAGUUAUCAGCUGACCAAGUUUUGGUUUUCAAUUGAUCGUGGGCUCAGGUCCAUUUUUUUAAAGGUGGAAUUCACUUUGCUUUCUGCUUACAGCAAAAGUUGAGUUACUUGAGAAAGAUAUUUAUCAAAAGAUCUCCCGUGAGCUUCGCUUUUGGCCUUGGCUUAAUCUAUAUAUUACAUUAGAACACUGCAUGCUGCAUGUUAGGUCUAGUUGGAGAUGUGGCAACGUAAUACAUGCCUAACAGGUAUAUUUUAGAGUUAAGUUCAUGUAUUUUGUUCUCGGGGCACCACAGUUACCAGAUGGACACAUUGUUACUUUUCUCGAUAGGCUCUAUGUUUCAAGCAGAAAUGCGCUCCUGGGAAGCUUUGCAGGUACUCAAUCUUGAAGGAUGGCAUAAGGCUGCGAAAGUUGUUCAAGAGGCCAGGGAGUUGCUGAAGAGGGUCCCGAGAGAGAGCAAAAAGACUGAGGUCUUCAAGUUCGCGAAAAGCUCUUGUCUUUUUGUGGAAGGCGAAGUCUUCAACCGAGCAGGAAAUUGGCCAAAAGCACUUAAACGUUUGAGUAGUUCCUUGGAAAUAAUGGAAGACCAAUUAAAAAAUCACAUAAGCACUUGUAGAUGUUUGAAUGCCAUUGGAAAUUGCUACAGCAAUCUCGGGAAACCAGAGGAAGCGAUUAAGUUUUACACAAGAGCAUACGAAAGGCGUCAAGAUCUUUCGGGUUCAAAGGAGCACUUUGACUUGCCUCUUUUCAGAAGUCAAACUGGAACAGCUUAUGAAUCUAUGGCCAUUCAAGAGUACCUCAAAAACAGAACCAUGACACCCCAGGCCGAAAUAAACUUUCGCAAGGCUAUAGAAUACUAUCAAGAGGCUUUAGAUCUUGCCAAAGAACUUAAACUCACUGGGAUUCUAUACACAGCACUUUAUAACAGAAACAUUGCUAACGCUCACUCAUGGCUUAUGGAGUUUGAAAAGGCGAAGCCGUUUGCUUAUAACGGGUAUCAGAUUCGGAAAGAUAUCCUUGGCAAACAUCCAUUGACUGCGCGUAGCACUUUUCAAAUGGCAGAAAUUUCUCGUAGCCUUGAGGAUUAUGAUGAAGCUGAAGAAUAUUACGAAGAAGCAUGGGAGAUUGAGAAAUCUCUGGGACAAGGGAACCACAGUGAAGUACGGGACAGAAUCAUUAAAAGCUACGAGGAAAUGCUUCCCAAAGGGAGAAAGAGGGCAUUUCAGAAGGAAGUCUUGGAGUUUUAUCAAAGAUCAUGGGACGAGGAGAAAAGUUUUGAAGGGUUUCAAUUCUCUCAGGCCAACAUGAAGAUCAUCGAUGCUAUAAACGAACGACUUGGGGAAGAGGCUGAUGUCAAGACAAGGAGAAAAUAUCAAAGCGAAGCUCUUUGGUUUUACGAAGGAGCAUGGAAUUCCCCCGACACCAAGAGCUUGCCUUACGAGCAGAGAGAACACAUCUUGGCAACUUUGUUAAGGUUGAGAAAACAGGCUAAAAAUGAGGCACUGUUUAACAAAUAUCAAGAGGAUUCCGUUAGAUUCUGCGACAAAAUGUGGAAAAAGAACAGUUCAGAGAUGGAACAAUGGAAAAGAACUCAGCUGCUCACCGUACUACAAAAUACGGCCACAUCACUUGCAAUUGCGUACACAAGGAAGGCAGACAUGUACAGAAGUCUUGAGCAGGUAAGACAGACAUGCUUAAGUUCAAGCAGAAAACAGUCACUUCUGUCACGUUUUAGCUCACAGCUGUCUCUUUAAAGAGCUCGUUCACGAAACUUUGAGAUGUCUUUCAACGUACAAGCAUAUCUUAAAAUUGAAGAACACUUAAAAAUAUUAGUUCCGUUGGUAACAUAGACGUACUUAAUUUAAUAGUUUAAGAUAGAGGAUUAACAUGGAUUACAAACAAAAGUAAACAACACACUUGAAAAAUCAAGCCUCGAUCAAUUUUUAAGGCACAGAACCAUGACGUUGUUUUAAAGGCUUUAGAACGACAUUUUAAAGAAAUAAAAUCCAUGUGCUAAAUUAAGAAUAUUCUAAAGAAAUUUAUUUUGCCUUUCAUUUAGAAAUUCAAGACGGGAACAUUUCCGUUCGUGGCAUCAGGUAUUAUAUUAUGUAUUAUUAUCAUCAUUGUAAGUUUAUGUAAUUUGUUUUGCUGAAGUAUAAAAGCUUCAUUUAAACAUGUGGCACAAACAACACUUGGAGGCAUGGACGCUUCGGUUAACCAGGCCCAUGAUAUACUUUAUUUACUCAUAUAAAUCCUCCCUUGUUACAGAAAUUUCAAUAUGUACGACCAGAAACUAUUAGAAAAAUAUGGACCGUGUACCCUCAACCUAUCCUAUCGCCUCGGGUUGUAAGGCCAAACUAGUGAAAAAUAGCCGUUAUAACAUGUAUAGAACGCGGAAUUAAAACAGCUAAGAAGCAUAGUUACUAGUCCAGCUGGAAACGAAAUUCAGGCUGAUAGAACAACUUACUGAAACUAAUUUUCACGAAACAAUUUGACUUGGCGAGGCUGACCUUAGAAGACACAAUUAACAAGACGGUUACUAAAUCAAAGCCCCGGACUGCGACCCCUCCCACGCAACAAUGGAACUCGUGCUGGCAAAAUAUUGAUUUAUACAAAUUCUGGUGAACACACAUUACAUUUGUAAUCUACCCAUCAUUAUAAUAAUCAUUUCAUUAUUUCAUUGUUUUUUUGUUUUUUUUUAAGAAGAAGACGUUGCCUUUGCUUUACGAUGAAAAGGAACCUUUAUUAUACCUGCUAAACUGUUUCAAAUGCUUUUUGUUAGAACGUGCACUAAAAAAGAAAAGUUAAAUUCUGGCCAUGUUGACCGAUUCAAAUUUUUCAAUAAAGGAUUUUAUAGCAAAAAAUAAAUAACUAAACAACAAAAUCUAUCGUCAAUCUGCGUUUUUAUUGUAUUCAGGAUUUCCUUCUUUCUAAUUUUCACACGGCUCCUUAAUUGCUAAAAACACUGCAGGAAGAUCUUUUACCAAAAACCCCUUUAACGAAAUUGUUUUGGAUUUUAAAUAGUUAUUUCACCUUCACCUUUAAUUUCAACAGAACAGUGUCCUGACGAUGAUGGCAACAACGAAAGAAGUGAUGAUGACGAUGAUGAUUCCGAUGAUUUUAGCGAUGAUGACAGUGUUAGCGGUCAAGGUGGUUGUGAUGGUGCAGGUGAUGCCAGCGGUAAAAAUGAAACCAAUGACAAUAUCGGCAGCACUGAGGGAGAUGAGAUCACAAAAGAACGAGAAUCGCCACGGAAAAGCAAUAAACGUAGCCAGCAGGGACAAGUAGUAGGCUUGGAUGGAGAGAGGAAAAGGCAGAAGUAAGUAACUAGGUUAUUACUAUAACUAGGAGUAAUCAUGAGAUAAAUUAUGAUUCUCAUGAGUAAUCAUGAGAUAAAUUAUUCACGAUGGCGCAAAAAAUGCAGACACCGACGAAAUGAGUACCACAGGAAUCCCAAGAUUAUGUGUUGCGUUCUCCUAACGUCGAACGCAAUCACUUGUAAGAGCUCUCUCUUAGGGAGCAGUGAUAAUAGUAGCUAGUGCUUUCAGUUCUUUGUUCUCUUACUUGGUUCAAGGGUAUUCUACUGACUCUUGGGUGCUCCUCUUUGGGGCAAGGUUAGUAAUUGUGAGAUCACUUUCCUAAAGGCAGUAUUGUCUGCACUCGUUCCAACCCGUUGUUAUUAUGUGGUAUUAAGUAGUAUGUUUGCUCAACUGUCCUUCUUAUUUGUGACCUAAGUAUAACAUUUAUGUUAUCUGCUCAGGAAAGAGAUUGCUUGACAGCUUAUUUGCUAUCAUUUGAUUUGCUCUCACAAAGGUCUAGCGCCUUCGAAACGGCAGCGUUUAAAUUUCCUUACAGCGACAAAUUAAGUUUAUCAACUAGUUGAUAAGACAAAAUUUUUUCCAUAUAAUAAAUAUGUCGAGUGCUUUCAGACAUCUUAGGUGCUUAAUCCUUGUGACGCCGUGACCUCACUUGCAAACUUUUAAGUUUGCUACUAUUAUAGUAGCAAGGUGUCGCUUGUUGCCGCCUUUGUUGAAGAUAUUGUAAAGUACAUGAAACAUUUAGCUUUCUUAAAAGCUAUGGAAGCCGAAUAUCUUGCUCAGCUGGUAAAAUACCACCACCGAAGUUUCUUUUGAAACAAACCCCUUUAUUCAUUAUAUAUGAGAACUUUAAGAAUACCACUUGAAUAUUUUUGUUUUGUGUUUUAACAGCCCGUCAGAUGGCAGUCUUCCUUCUACGUCUGAAUUCCAAGUUCCUUUGGUGAAAAAUGAAGGCCUUGUUGCAGUCGAAUUUCCCAAACAGUUAAAAUCCACAGGAGGGAAUCUUUCGCUGUAUUCGGUAAGCCGAGCGUAAUAUUUGGGGUGUGGGCAUUUAUUUGUUUACUGUUUCGCCCUUUGAUUGAAAAGCACAUUAAUUUUGUUAUGCUAAAUCGCUGCAAUAAUUCAGAUUUGACAGGAAAGUGAUCAUUUGUUUCUUAAAAUUUCAGAACUGUAUUGGACUUCACAAACUUUUUAGUAUUUUUGAAGCUUUUCUGUUAUCACGGUAAACCAUCAGAAAACUGACAAACUGAAGUUUAUUUCCGUAUAAUUCGUCAGGGUUUUUUUUAGCAAAUGGCUGCCGAUUAGAUUUUUUUUAAAAAAUUCAGUUACAGCUAGAGUGAUUAUACGACAGUGGUUUAGCACAGAUUAUUUGAACGUCUGUCAGAUCGUAGACCAUUUUAGCAUAGGAGUAGCGUAUGCUUAUUAGUAUGCAAGUGUACCUGGUUAGUAGAGUAUGGUUGUUGUUAAUUAGAUGGGUUUCUGAAUUUACACAGAAUAAAUAAUUAAAAGGAUAAAAGUUAUAAAAGCCUGAGUAUCAGUAAUUGGGUAACGGUGGUGGUGGUGUAAGAGUGGUCGGGUCCGACAGAGUAUGCCCCCUGUAAUAGAUGGGAGCCAUUCUGUUAGUGCGAAGCAAGCACUAUUAUUUUCUACAUCAUUCUAUCUAAUCAACGAUAAGUACCCUUGGAAUUCACGUUUGCUCUCUCUGUGGUGCAGGCUAUUCCUACAAUAAUUGAGCAAGUGGCUUUCUACGGAGCAAAAAUAACUCCGACUGACGUACUUCAACUUCAAAUUCCAUUUCGCCCAAGCAAAUUUUGGUUUUAUAACAUUAAUUAUAGCUGCUCCAUUAUGUUUGUUAAUAGUUGGCCAGUGCUGAUACAGUAUUACCUUUUCUGUUUUAGGAUAACGCGGAUGGCGGAGCUUCAAAUUCUGUGCUGGCAAGGAGACCUUUGAGGGUAACUUCUGUGGGAGACGAAUGGGGUUCAUCAAAAGGUGGACUGUCUACGCUGAACAGAGAAUUAGCAAAACACCUGGCACGUCAGCCUGAGGUAGAAGUAACCUGUCUCCUGCUUAAUUACAGUGAAAAGGAGGAGCAAGAAGCUGGUGAGUGUAAUGUGCGUCUUGCCAAACCACAAGCGAUGCCCGGGUCGGAUCCCAUUAUGCGGCUGUGCUUUCCCUCAGAUGAUCUAGGUAUUGACGUCGUCAUAGGCCAUGGUCAGAAGCUCGGAGCACCAGCUCAGAUCAUAGCUAAAAGGCGCAAAUGCAAACGAGUUCAUAUAGUACACACUGCCAGUGAAGAGUGUGCAAUGUUUAAGGAAGGCGAAACAGCAAUACCUGAAGGCGAGGAAAAGCACCGAACUGAAAUAGAUUUGUGUAAGGAAGCUGAUGUCGUCGUGACCAUUGGACCAAAGCUGAAGGAAGCUAUCUCAGCCUCCUUGCGGCCGCACGGCAGAGAUGAACACGUGAUAAAUAUCACACCUGGAAUUUUCUCUGAGUUCGCGAAGUUGGAGCAAGCCAGACAGGAGAUGGAACAGUUCCGUAUCUUGGUGUUUGGUAGUGGUAACGUGGAAGACACUGAACUAAAAGGAUACGAUAUAGCUGCUGAAGCUGUAGCAGGCUUAAAAGACGAAAGCUACCUUCUUCAAUUUGUCGGGGCACCAAAAGGUAAAGAAGAAGAAGUUAAAAAAGAGUUACUUAAGUGUAAAAUUCCUCGCACACAGUUAAGGGUUGGACGAUUUGCUGAGAGUCGCGACGAAAUAAAAGAUCUCUUGCUCACAGUGGAUCUCGCCAUUUUGCCUUCACGAACGGAAGGUUUUGGCCUCACCGCUCUCGAAGCACUUUCAGCUGGCCUUCCUAUUUUGGUGGGUAACAAUUCGGGAUUCGGAAAAGCUAUUCGCGAUGUAAAAUUCGGAUCUUCAUGUGUGGUUUGUUCCGAUGAUCCUGAAAAGUGGGCUGAAGCCAUCAAACGUGUAAGACAGACAACAAGGAAACUCCGACUAGAGGAAGCUUGCUCUCUCCGAGAGGCCUAUGACGAAAAGUACAAAUGGGAAACACAAUGUGAAAUGCUUGUACAAAAACUGCGACAUAUUUUAGAGUAAACUCUGGGUAAGAUAGGGAUACUUGUGGAACCUUUGCAUGGGUGCUAUAACCACUGGGCCACCAGACUCACAACAGCCUACUGGAAGCCAAAUUGUAAGGAUUUCUUUGGGAAUUUAUCGUCUGAUCGAGAAAAUGGCUAAACUUCACCUAA